AUGGCAUCUGGCCAAGCCCUCGGGUCCUCUGCACCAUCUUCGAACAUCAACUCCCCCAUCAUCCCCCCCGGCAAUGGCCCUUUCCUGAACGGUGCAUUAUCAGAUUUGAAUUCGCGAUCCUCUCCAGCACCGGCAAGUAACCUUUCCGCACAGGGGGACAAUGCUCGCGCAAAGCGGAAUAAGCGUGAUAGUCGCAAGAAGCGCGAAGCCAAAGGCUUGGAUACUGAAAAUGCACCGCCUCCCAAGAAGCGUGCAGCCGCCGCAAGCACCGCCAUUCCCAGCUCAGGCUUGUCUAUGCUCCGCCCAUUGCUACUCGCUGAACCCUUUCAAAUGGAUAAAUUUCCUCCGCGGCCACGCCAAAUGAAUCAGGUCUGCAGGAAGACAUCUAGCGUGCUGGGUCAAAGCUGGGACUUCUACGAAGUGGUUGAUAAACUCACCAAUAAGAAUGGGUUCCGAUAUAGCUAUGCUAUUGCCGAUCAGGGCUUCCCGCAUAUUAAGUAUCGGCAAACUGAUGUGAGACCCUAUCAUGCCCGUUUCAGCUUUGAGGACUCUCCUACGGCCAUUUAUUUCUCCGAGGAUGCCAGGGCCAUGACUACCAACGAUGCGUGGCACACUGCCCGAGCAAACGUCUGCGCUCGAGAGGGCUCAUACUAUUACGAGGCACGAAUAAUCAGUGGUGUCUCUCCCCAAGGCGCUCCACAGAAUGGGUCCAGCACUCCAUCCCGUGGCCAUGUCCGACUUGGAUUCGCACGUCGCGAGGCAGAUUCCGAUGUCAACGUCGGUGUCGACUGCUACGGUUAUGGAAUCCGUGAUGUUAAUGGCGAAGUCGUCAAUCGCAUGCGGUGCGAGUUCUUUUUCCCAAAGGGCGAAUCCAUUAAUGAAGGCGAUGUAAUUGGCAUGUUUAUUACCCUUCCGUCUUUAGCUAUCCACACAAAAAUAGUUCAGGGCACCUACGAUCCCGCUAUAGAUGGUGAUGGCUCAGAUCCUGCAUCCGGGGUUCCUACUGCUACCAACAUCAUCCGAGACCGCAUUCCUUUCCACUCUAAGUCCGAUGACUUUUGUUGGCAAGUGUCUAACGUUUUUUCCACCAAACACCUCCGCGACUACGCUUUCAAUCUGAAAGAAACUCCCACAUUCGGCCCUCCUUCGCCUUACAACAGCGAAGACCCGUCCUUACGCACACUGCCUGGAUCUAGCAUCACUAUCUUCAAGAAUGGUGUUAGGAUGGGCACACCCUUCAAAGAGCUCUACGCUUUCCUUCCGCCGGCGAGUCGACUUGCUAAUGGCACAAACAACCUCGGUAUUGGAGAGCGUGAGAAUGCCGACGAUGGCAUGAUUGGUUACUAUCCAGCUGUGAGCUGCUACGGCGGCGGUGCAGUCGAGUGCCGCUUUGAAGGCCCAUGGUGGGUUGGCCCCCCUGACAGCACGGAGAAUGGCGAGCCGAUUCUACCAAUCGGCGAUCGAUUCAACGAUCAGAUCGUCGAGGAUGUGGUCGCAGAUAUUGUGGAUGAGGUUGAGGCCAUGUUCACAUGGGGCGGUGUUGAUGGUGACGUGAUUGGCGGCGAGAUGGAUGGUGCUGUCGGAGGCUCUGAGGUGCUUAAAGGAGGCGUCGGUGCUGCCCUGGAUUCCACAGUUUCAGGCCUCGGGGCCUCUGAAUCUGCCGCCAACAGUAACCAGGCAACACCUGCUGCCACGGGGGACGCUGCUACAGGAAAUCUAGCAUUAGAGGAUACUAUGAGUAUCGGGAUAGCUGGUACUCCUCUUCCCGCAGCCGAUGUCCCGGCUGUCGGGGCCGAUGAAGAUGUUGAGAUGACUUGA